AUGUUUCUCACUAAAGCUUUCGCAGCAAGAUUUAAGUUUACCAACACCCAGUGUGAAACUUAUAAUAAGACCUGGGUUACCAUCGAGCACUGUCGUCUACAUGCUAUAAGCCGCCAUAAGACAGUACUCAAUAUUAAUGCCACCUUCCACUAUCCGGCCACAAAUAUCAAAAUAAGACUUCAAGUUCUAAAGAAGGCUAAUGGUUAUAAGCCUUGGCUGAUCGAUGCCACUGUAGAUGCCUGUGCUUUUAUGCAAAAACCCAAUCAUCCAGUGGUAAAGAUGAUUUACAAUUGGAUCAAGAAUGUCUCUACAGUUAAUCACACUUGUCCCUAUAUGGGUCCACAACAGGUAAAGGAUUUUUAUUUAACACCACAGCAAAUGCCUUUGCCUUUGCCAACUGGUGAAUACGCUCUGUUUCUAACUUGGAUAUUUUCGAAUUUACCCCAAUUUACAACAAAUGUUUAUUUUACUUUUGUGGAGGAUUUGUUAAAGCAAUGA